CAAAGCCUCGGACAAACUAUCACCAGCUUGCACCCGACAGGUGCACAACACAAGCCAUGUCUGAGCCCGACUCGGCAUCAGGGAUGCCAACCGCAGAGCCGCCAUCAAAACGGCGCAGGGUGCACGACGACAGUCUCGAAUCCACGCCGCGAUAUGGAUCGGCCGCCGCGGGCGGCGCACACCAAACCUCCCCGCGCACCGCCGGCCGCCUUUCCGACCAGAGCCUCUCCAUCCGGCGCGGCCCGCCAAGCAGCCGCUCGCGUAGCCGUUCGCGUAGUAGGGACAGAGACGGAAGCGCUGUGAUGGACAAUGGCGACACACGAAGACGGUACCGCUCAUCGCCCUCGCGAUCCCGCUCGAGGUCUCGCUCGAGGUCUCGCUCGAGAUCACGCUCGCGGUCGACUGCCCGUUCCUCCCGAUCGCGUUCCAGACUCCGUUCCCGCUCCCGCUCCCGGAGCAUCUCCUAUACCCGCUCGCGCUCCGAUUCCCGCAGUCAGAGUCGCUCCAUCUCGCGGAGUCGGAGCCGCAGCAGAAGCAGAAGUCGAAGCCGAAGCCGAAGCUCGUCCUCGCCCUCUCAUCGCCGAUCGACGACGGACGACAGAUCCGAUGACCGCCACCACCACCACCACCAUUACCACUACCAUCGCCGCCGGCGUCAUGAGCAACCGCCCAUCACCCCCAAUUACUACCCACACCUGCUCCUCCUGGGCCAUAGCCGCGCCGUCGCCCAGGUGCGCAUCUCCCCCGAUGGCCGCUGGAUCGCCUCGGCCUCGGCCGACGGGACGGCCAAGAUCUGGGACGCCUCAACCGGCGCCCACCUCGAGACUCUCGUCGGCCACAUGGCGGGCGUCUCCUGCCUCGCCUGGGCGCCCGACAGCAACACCCUGGCCACGGGGUCCGACGACAAGUCGAUCCGGCUGUGGGACCGCGUGACGGGCAGCCCCGCGCAUGCCGUCGCGCACCGGGAGACCGCGGCCGUAGACGGCAUGGGCGGCGCCGACGUGGCGGCGUCGUCCCGGGGGCCGGCCGGCCGCGGCGCGGCGAGGAGGGCCGCGCGCACGGGCGUCUCGCCCGACGGCGUCCGGGGCGGCAGGACGGGGAAGGGACCGCUGCUGGGCCACCACAACUACGUCUACUGUCUCGCCUUCUCGCCCAAGGGCAACAUCCUGGCGAGCGGGAGCUACGACGAGGCGGUCUUCUUGUGGGACGUCAGGGCCGGCAGGCUGAUGCGCAGCUUGCCGGCGCAUAGCGACCCGGUAAGCGGCGUCGACUUUUGCAGAGACGGCACGUUGGUGGUGAGCUGUUCGACGGAUGGGUUGAUCCGCAUUUGGGAUACCUAUACCGGCCAGUGCCUGCGUACACUGGUACACGAGGACAACCCCGCCGUCACCAACGUCUGCUUCAGCCCAAACGGCCGCUUCGUGCUGGCCUUCAGCCUCGACAGCUCCAUCCGGUUGUGGGACUACGUCUCGGGGUCUGUGAAGAAGACAUACCAGGGCCAUACGAACCAGAAGUACUCGAUCGGAGGCUGUUUCGGCGUGCUUACUGACCGCGACGACGACUUGGCUGCGGAGGACAACGCAGACGGCGAGCAUGUCCGGCAGCAGGCCUUCAUCACAUCUGCGAGCGAGGACGGCGACAUCGUCAUGUGGGACGUAAAAAGCAAAGAGGUGUUACAGCGCAUCAAGGCCGCGCACAAGGGAGUGUGUUUCUGGGUGGACGUCCACGGCGGCACAAUGGUCAGCGCCGGCCAGGACGGAUCGAUCAAGGUGUUCCGGCACCGCCCGAGGAGGGGGGGACAUGUCAAACGGGAGGAUGGCGAUUCCGACAGGUACGGCGCCGUCAAUGGGCAUCUCCUGGACGGGGAGAUGCCGGAUGCGGCCGCGGCGGAUGAGGAGCUGCAACGGCAGGUCGAGGCCGAGGCCGAGGCUGCGGCGGCGGCGGCGGCGGUGUCGCCGGGACAACACGUCAAGGAGGAACAGUUGUAACGGGGGGGUGUUAAUUAUAAAGGACGGUCACAUAGUACGUGAGAUGACUG